CACAGAAAGGGGUACAGGUGGAGUGGUCGCUCAGUGGAUACAAACCUGCCAGCUUGAGUUGCAUUCGGUCCGCUGUUCGGUACGCACGCGGACUGCGUUCCGUGGUCAUGACACACCAAACGAUGUACGCGCUCGUCGUUAUAACAUUGUUACAACUAUGUCGAGCAGAAAUAUCCGAUAUACUACAAGGAACAUGGUACUCAGCAAACACCAUCAAUGAUGGAUAUUCACCGAAACCCAUACAAGAACUUUUCUCUACGGAAGCACCGCAGAGUUUCUCACCACAAAACCCCAUAGUUGUGUUGCCUAAUUUGUCUUCCCUCGCGCCCGAACAAAGUGCACAAUAUUCUACAACGCCAACAUCCUUCAGCUCUUUUACAAGCACUCCAUCUCCUACACCUACCGUCGCGGGCACCCUAGCCCAGUCGACUUUAUUUCCAGACAAUUACACCCCGUCAUCGUUAUCCCAGCAGGAUUUCUCAAAAUCGCAAUCCACAACUACUCGAUGGCCUCCUAGUUCUACCACCUUACAAUCCCAGGCAUUCAGGAUGAAAACACUGCAAGAAUCCUUAGCAGCAUCGCCACUUCGACCUCAGACGGAACCAACAGAACCGCCUAGCUUCUCCCUUAUAUACCAAAAUGUUCCACCACAAAUUCAAUCUAUUCCAGUUGUACAACCGCAGACAACUUUGGUGACCCAAAUUCCCAUAUUGUCCACAACAACCUCUUCGCCUCCGACUUCAAUAUCUGCAGGGACUAUAACGCCUUAUAUAACAAACGGAUUAUCAGAUCCGACCAGCCGUCCUACUGUGACGUUUCGUUCGACGCCAGCGCCGCCGAGUUCGACGUCCCGAACUACAAUUUCCGCUCGCGAUUGUAAUCCUUUUUGCACUACGAAAGUAAUAACACCAGCGCCAACCAAAAGACCAGUACGGGUUGUGCCUGGACCGCCAGAUGUUCCAUUUAAACCCAAUUUGAAAAUUCUUGUGGUGGCUCCACACGGAUCCAUUACGAAUGUGAAGAUUAACCCUACCACUACAACAAAAAAACCUACCACGAAAAGGACAAAGAAACCAAAAAAAAACACCUAUGAGGGAUGUUUGGAUGGAUGUAAAGGAAGAAAAGAUCCUAUAUGUACCGUGCCACUGGCUAGUGUUAUCAUAGAUCCGAAGACUUUGAAAGGAUUCCCCUCGAUAUGUCAUUUAUCGUGCCACAACUCUUAUAAAAAGGAUGCCUAUGAAAAACUUGUUGACGGCCGAUGUGGUAGACUGCGCACUCGAAUCAUAUCAGUGGACAGCAACAGCAAGAUUCAAAGGGAAGAUCUCAAGAAGGCCGAGUACAGCGUCAUCAACACUGGACCAAAAACGGUGCUUGAAUUCUCGCGCGCGCCUCAUCCUUAAUAAGAAUUAUUAUAACUGUCUAAUGUAAAUAUAAAGAUAAUUAUAACACCUGGAUACAAUGAGACCAAACACGGUUUUAGUAUUAAAGUUUUAUAACAUUAAGUACUUAUGUAGCGAAAAAAGGUCAAGUAAUUAAAAUAAAACUUUAAACUACUUGUACUGUACCCUUAGCACGAACCAAUAUCGAAUUCGAAUAGUUUGCGAGCGCGAAAUGUCAUUGUCAAAUGUGUACUGACUGUUUCCAUAAAAA